GCAUGUUCAUGCCUAUAUAAAUCACUCAUCCCCAUUGAUUUUCUCCACACCAAAACUUCUCAACAUUUUAUAUAUAUAUCACAACUCCAAUUAUACAAAACCAAGUAAUAUGGAUGUUCUCAAGCUCUCCCUCUCCCUCUCCCUCUCCCUCUUUUGUGUCCUGACCUUUAUCAUGCUUCCAUCUUCUCUUGCUCAAGACUCACCUCGAGACUUCGUCAAUGCCCACAACGCAGCUCGUGCCCAAGUCGGGGUUGGGCCGGUUCACUGGGACGAAAGAGUAGCGAGUUUUGCUCGACAAUAUGCGAACCAACGCAUCAACGACUGUAGGCUAGUGCACUCUGGCGGACCUUACGGGGAGAAUAUUGCAUGGGGCAUGCCAGACUUAUCAGGCACGGCUGCAGUUCAAAUGUGGGUGAAUGAGAAGCAGUUCUACAAUUAUGGCUCCAAUACAUGUGCGGCUGGUAAGGUGUGUGGUCACUACACUCAAGUUGUGUGGAGGAAUUCAGUGAGAAUUGGAUGUGCCAAAGUGAGAUGCACAAAUAAUCGUGGCACGUUUAUCAUUUGCAACUAUGAACCCCGUGGGAAUAUCAUAGGCCAAAAGCCAUAUUGAGAUAUGUAGGGUUUAAUUAUCUAGCGAAAAUAAGAUCGUUAUUGGUCACUCUAAUCAACAUGUAGGGUUUAAUGUUCAUGUCCAUAUGAACGUUAUACAAUAUACAUACACACAUAUAAUGAAAAUAAGGAAGGUCAUAUUAUGUGAUCAUAAUAUAUAUAUUUAUAUAUAAA